AACGACGAUAGGAGCGUGUAUCAAAAACAUAAAAGAAAUAAAUUGCAUAAAAUACAAUGCACAUAAAGAGUUGUCACUGACUAAUAGGUUUUAAUAAUCGAUUUAAAUGUGAUCUAAUUGUUAACAAAUUGUCAAAAAUCAAAUCUAAUUAUUUGAAACUUUUGAUUGUUUGUAAUUAGUACAUUAAAUAUUUCUACUUAAUAAAUUUUACAUUACAAUUGGAUUUCAAAUAAACAACAAGAAAAAAGAAGAACGUAAUUAUAAUUCGUGGAAAAAUCAUAAAGCGCAAUUUCUGUGGAUUAUUCAGCUAUACGUCAUACCGUUCUAUAGUCCGAAGUAAGCUAUCCAAUUUAUUGUCUGCUUUCUUUGAUUCGUUUUAGUAUAUAUCCUAAGCUCCAUUAGUAAAGAUCGACUUAUUGGUGAUUUAUAAUCGCUCAUUGGUGACAAUUACCUUCUUUUUAUAAUAUAACUUGUGAAUAUUAGAAAAAAAAAAGAAUUUUAAUCCAAUGUUUUAAUUAAACAUUGAAUUUAAGUGUUAAAAAGAUUAAUCAUUUAUUAAUCAACAUUAUAGUUACUAUUGUUAACACAGGAAAAAGAAUGAGUGUGCUUUCUUUUAAUGAUAUUUUAUAAUAGUUUAUUAUAAUCAUAGCUGAAGUGUAAUUAUACAUAUUAUAAUUAUAUUGAUAAUUGUGUCGAUUUAUCAACAUUUCUUAUAUUCAUUUAAUAUGUUAUAUUGGUUGCCAAAAAAACGCUUAAUAAAAAGGUAACAAUAUCUUUUGUUGUACGUGCAUGAUAACAAAGGCAAAGAAUACUUAAUAGGAUUAAGAAAUAGAUAUUUUCUUGUAUAUAUUUGCUAUUAAUAUAUUAACUUAUAAGUAUAUGAAUAGACAGUUAUUCAACCAUUAUUCAACUAUUAUUCAACCAUUAUUCAACAAAGCCUUUUAAUGCAAAAGUAAGUUCACACACUUAUAAACAAUAGAAAAAGAAAGAUAAAAAAAGAGUAGCAUUCUUAAUUAUUAUUAUAAUUAUAUUAAUAUAUUUAAUUUUGCAUUAAUACAAAUUGCACAUAAUUAUACAAUGUUUUAUUGUACAAUAUUUUAUGAAUUUGAAGAUUUUAAAAUUAUAAAAUAGAGAGAUUAUGCAAUUACUUUUCCUAUUUAUAUGUAUAUUUGUGAGUCAUUUCAUUUGGACAAAUUAUCUAUAGAUCUUUUGUAAAUAAUAUCUAUCCAUAAAAUACAAGUAUAUAUACUUGAUACAUUAAUUAAUAGAACAUAACAUUCCAUAUAAAAUGUGCUUUGAUAACUUCCUGUAAUAAAUUUUGCUAACUGAAAGUAUUUUACAUCACAAAAGGACUUGUGACAGGAAUCCUUAAGCUUUGGUAGCUACUAACAAACAUGCGAUCGAGUUAUCUACUCUUAGCAGCAGUGAUACCAUUCAUCGUCCUUGAUAUUUGGUACACAGGAAUUGUAACAUAUAAGUACAUAUUAUAAAUAGAUAUGUUUAUUAUGGAUUAUGAAAGUAUCAAUCCUAACUUAUCUUAUUUUAUUUGGUAUUCUACCCAUUAUAUUUCAUUAUUCUUAUGCAGUACAAAAAAAAAUUCUUUUUCUAAAUUUUGUAUACUGGCCACUUAACACUGAUUUUUCAAAGCCAGAGUUUCUUGGCUUGAAAGGAGUUAGAAAUUUUUACUUGCAUACCGAUGAACACGUAAAAUUAGGAGUAUGGCAUAUAUUGCCACGAUCUUUAAUAAAUGAUUCAUUUGCUGCAACAAAUGAAGUUUUUGAAACUUCUUUAUAUAACAGUAGUAAACCAGUUUUUGUAUAUAUGCAUGGAAAUAGUGGAAAUAGAGCAAGUAGCCAUAGAUUAGAACUUUAUAAACUUUUCCAAGACUUGGAUUAUCAUAUUGUGUGCUUUGACUAUAGAAGUUAUGGAGAUAGCGACAAAGCAGAACUUUCAGAAACAGGUAUUGUUAAUGAUAGUAAAUAUAUUAUUGAAUGGGUAAUGGCUAAAGUUAAUGGCACUGCACCUGUUUUUAUUUGGGGACAUUCUUUGGGUACUGGAGUGUCCACGCAUGCAUUAGCAUUAUUAGCUGCUAAAGGUACAAUACCUACGGGUUUGAUACUUGAAUCACCUUUCAAUAAUAUUAUUGAUGAAAUAAGCGAACAUCCAUUUGCACAGAUAUUUAAACACUUACCAUGGUUCCAUUGGCUAGUUGUAGAACCUUUCUAUCACAAUGGUUUACGAUUUGAAUCAGACAAACACAUUGGAAAUGUUACUUGUCCUAUCAUGAUAUUACAUGCUGAAGAUGAUAAUAUUAUACCAUUGUACUUGGGUGAAAAAUUAUAUCAAGCAGGAUUGAAUUAUCAUAAAAAUGAAACAAAUUUAAUUGAAAUGAUUAGAAUAGAUGCAUUAUAUGGACUUGGACAUAAAUAUAUUUGUCGAUAUAAAAUAUUACCAAACAUAAUUGAGUCGUUUGUAAUAAAAUUACAAAAAAACAAGACUGAAGAAAAUACUUAAUCUGUCUAUAGUAUUAUUAUGCAACUAUGUUUCCAAUAGAAAUUUGAUGGUAUUUUAUACACUUAUAAAAGAGUAUAUUACAAAAUGAAUGCUAUAUAAUUAAUUUAAAAAAAUAUAUUAAUAACAUUAUGCUCUAAAACAUUCUAUUUACAAAAUACUCAUUUACACGAAUAUAAUUACGAGAACAGAAAAUUGAUUAUAUUGGUGUUAAUUUUAUAAUAAAAUAUCGAAACAUAGAAUUUCAAAAACAAUACAUUUAUUUUUAUAUGUAUUGCAAUGAAAAUAACUUUCUUGUAUUGAUGUGAGUUUGCUGUACAGUUUCUCAGGUUAUUAAAAAAAAACAAAUGUAUCAUUAAAUUACAAACAGAAUUAAUAAUGUAGUAGUUACGUAAUUUACUAGUAUAAAUUACUUUCUGUAUUAUUUUUAAUUUUAUUCAUUGAGUAAUAAGAAUUUGUUUUGAAAAAUAUAAGCAUGAACUGAGUGUAUUUGAUUCUUAUGGUAUAUAUUUGUGAUAAACAUCGUCAUGUGUUUAUAAUGUAAUUGUAAAAUAUAAAUGUAAAGGUUAUACAAAAUAAAUUUCA